AUGGCUUCGCCCUCGCCUCCUUCCCUGGACCCUUUCCCCAGACCUCGCUGCUUGGCCGCCGCCGCCGCCCCGGCCGGCAAAGCGAAGCUGACCCAUCCGGGCAAAGCGAUCCUGGCAGGUGGCCUUGCAGGUGGCAUCGAGAUCUGCAUUACAUUCCCCACAGAGUAUGUGAAAACUCAGCUCCAGUUGGAUGAGAAAGCGAAUCCUCCACGCUACAAAGGCAUUGCGGACUGCGUGACGCAGACUGUCAAAGGCCAUGGCAUCAAAGGGCUUUACCGGGGUCUCAGCUCCUUGGUCUAUGGCUCCAUACCAAAGGCCGCCGUGAGGUUUGGCAUGUUUGAAUUCCUCAGCAACCAAAUGAGAGAUGCACAAGGGAAGCUGGAUAGCAAACGCGGCCUCAUUGCUGGCCUGGGGGCUGGCGUGGCGGAAGCCGUGGUGGUGGUAUGCCCCAUGGAAACUGUUAAGGUGAAGUUUAUCCAUGACCAAUGCUCACCAAAGCCAAAGUAUCGAGGUUUCUUCCAUGGAGUGAGAGAGAUCGUUCGGGAACAAGGUUUGAAGGGAACAUACCAAGGCUUAACAGCCACUGUCCUAAAACAGGGAUCAAACCAGGCUAUCCGCUUUUACGUCAUGACGGCACUCCGGAAUUGGUACAAAGGCGAUGAUACCAACAAAGUCUUGAACCCUCUGGUCACUGGGAUAUUUGGGGCUCUUGCUGGAGCUGCCAGUGUGUUUGGCAACACCCCGCUGGAUGUCGUGAAGACCAGGAUGCAGGGUCUUGAAGCACACAAAUACAAGAGCACUUGGGACUGUGCCUACAAGAUCAUGAAGUAUGAAGGACCCUUGGCGUUUUACAAGGGUACCAUCCCCCGUCUGGGCCGGGUCUGCUUAGAUGUGGCCAUCGUCUUCAUCAUCUAUGAUGAAGUGGUCAAGGUACUCAACAAGGUGUGGAAAACUGACUGAAACGGACGUGGUGGGAAGCCAUGGGGCUGUCCCCGCACCUGCCAGGCAACAGCUGGGAGAAAAAAACCGAUGUGACCAACCUCCAAGGGCAUUCUAGGG